AUUUUAUUAAAUGCUAGAUAAUUGUGAAGAGAUAAAAUUAUAUUUCCCAAAAAUGUAUUUAAUAAAUAAUCUUGUAGGUAAAAGUAAAUGGUUUGCUAAUUGUAUGUUUAAAAUGUAUUUUUCUCACGACUAAUCGAUUCAUGUCUGUUCGCAGCGAUCAUGCCAGGGACGAGCUGAUGACUAUCGACAUUUGCAAUGAUGUGACAAUAAAGGUACCUCCUUCCAUUCUCUGAUAUCUCUGGGAUCGUCUCUAUUACACACAGUGCUUCCCAACAACACACACGAUUCGAGGAUUAAAACGCGCAAAAAGAGCAACGUCAAACCGCCGACCGUGGUCGGCGUCGUGGAAAUCGGUGCCAAAAGUCGACAGAGACAAGCCAUACGAGCCAGCCCCGCAAAAGUGUGUCAAAGAGAAAUCGAAGGGGGUGAAACGGAGAGAGAUAGAGAAAGGGAAAAGUAUAUAGACGCGGCGGCAAGGAUCAGACCAAAUAUCCUAAGGAACGAGGAGGACAGAACGGGCGGAUACGUGCUAAGGCGUGUCGAGCCGGAAACACGAACGGGCACCACGAGUACAGAGUGGUGGUGACGCAGGCAGAGCGGUGGUGGUGGUGGCGGCGGGGCAGGCAGGUGGCGGGAUCUAAGUCGGAAUAAGAACAGUUAGAAUGGGCAACAAGCUCUCCUGCAGUUGCGCACCCCUAAUCAGAUCAAAGACGUAUCGCUACGAGGACAGCCCAUGGCAGGCCGGUGCCAGGGGCGGGAUGGGCGGCGGCGGAGGACGCAGGGGUGACACUGGCCACUUGCUCAGGUGCGGAAGCUUAAGAGAGAGGAAGAGGCUUUGGGCCGAAGUGUUCCAUGUAAACUCGAGCGGAGGUGGGACCGUCAAGUGGCAACAGGUAUCCGAAGAUUUGGUCCCGGUGAACAUCACCUGUAUCCAAGAUUCGCCGGAAUGCGUCUUCCAUAUCACUGCGUACAAUAGCCAGGUCGAUAAGAUCCUAGAUGUGCGGUUGGUCCAGCCAGGUACGCGCAUUGGCCAAGCGUCGGAGUGCUUCGUUUACUGGAAGGACACAGUGACAAAUGAUACGUGGGGGUUGAACUUCACGUCUCCCAUAGACGCGAAGCAAUUCAGAGAAUGCUGCUCACCGUCGUUCAAGAUUUCAAGGAAAGCGUCCUCUUCUUACUCGUUGAAGCUCGAGCCACCGAACAAGCAGAAGAUCAAAGCACGCCGAAAGCCGUUGUCGACACCGGCCUCACCGAGCCGAUCCAGAGAACCUCAAUGCACUUGCAUGACGCCGGAACAGUUUGCCAGACUGCGCAGCCAAGACACCAGAUAUCGAAGUCCAUGCGGGCCUUCUACACUUCCACGGUCCAUGGGGCGAUCCACGGAAAUGGACAUUACGCCGGGACGAGACAAGAUAACAGCGGCCACGUCCAGCGCGUCUCUCUACGACAACGUUAACAACACCAGCGCGACACCCGGGAAAACACCAAAGGCCGGCGACUCAGUCAAGAAGGACAAGCAGAAUGAGACGUGUCAAACGACUCCAAAAACUGCCAAUAUUGGAAUCGGAACAGUUACAGUGGGAUCGCAGAUCGAUAGUCCUGAUGAUAAAGGUAUUGGAAUAUCGCCGAAGAAGCAGAAACAAAGCCAGGACUCAUCCACACAGCAGAAUGGCAUCGAGAUGUUAAAGUCGGAGGGCACUCAAGCUGGCGGCACCCUGCAGAGCAAGUUCCGCAAGGAGCAGCUCCACCAUACCAAGUCGGCCGACUACACUGAGCUGGAGAUGCAGAACAGCAAUUUCUUCAACAUUGUCAACAAUAAUCAUGGCCACAGAUCGAAGAGCAAGAGUACUGACGAUAUGCGGAUCGAGAACGCGCAGAACGGCGGUAUCAGCCUGGACUCGAACACCCUGAAGCGCAUGCUGAAACCGAUGCCGAGCAUCGACAGUCCGGUAACUUCGCCGGAGAUGACGAGGAAACGUCACAGCCAUCACAGCUACCACUACCAUCCGAGCAAUAACAAUCAGAAGUAUAUGAUGCAGGAGGUUGACAACGAGAAUUAUGCGCAUCCGUAUCGCGCGCCUUAUAACAACAAGUUCCAGGGUUCUAGGAGCGCCCACGACAUGAUGAGUCGGCAAUACUCCGGCGGCAGAGGCAGGACGUACUUAGAUUCGGAACGUAAUCGGUGCACAGGUGACAUGUCGCCGCCCUCGGACAAUGUCAUUUUCGAUAACCAGUGCUACGCCACCACGCCGAGCUCGUCGAACGGCAACUCCGACAUGGAGCAGCCGAAUCACUGCAACUCCCGCCGCUGCAACGGCGGCCAGACAUAUCAGCAGAACAUGCAGUCAGUGUCGACGCCGGGCAGCCCGACCAGCCGGCUACUCCUCGAGUACGAGAUGCAUCUCAGGAACACUCUUGCCAAGGGUAUGGACGCGGAGAGCUACAGCUUACGCACGUUCGAGGCUCUGCUCACGCAGAGCAUGGAGAACUUGGAAUUUGCGGAAAAUAUACCAUUGAACGUUCAGCGCACACCUCACGCUUCACGAAGACGCUCCAGUUCCAACAAGUCGUCGACCCUGCCGCUGUCGUAUCGCUAUUGCAACGAGAGGCAAAAUAGCAAGGACCGCGACGGCUAUUACAGCGAUCGCAAUGAGAUGGUGAGAGAGAAGAGAGAGCGAGACUCCGAUCGGGAUCGCGGCUAUCUCAGCGACUACAAUCCUAGAUGCGCCAGCUGCAUCGGGGAGUCCGCGCGUGCACAAUGGUUCCGGCAUUCCGACGGAUGGCAGUCCGGCAGCUCGACCUUCGGCUCCGGCGCCUCGAGUUCGAUAAAUCCGGGAUACUCGGGACACAAGAGAGACUCGCCUUGGGACUCUCUGCCGUCCUUGAGACACGAGGGCAGUCUCAACGACAGCGGUUACAAGUCCAACCGGACUGACUCGCUCGAACAAAGAGGUACUUUCGACAGACAGGACAGCGUCAGAUCCGACUACAUGUCCGACCGAGAUGGCAGAUACGGAAUCGUUCAACAAGCUUCAUUGGAGAGUACCGACUCGAGGCUCUGCUACUUGACGUCUUCCGAAAUGUCAGACGAUGAUAGGAUGUCACUCACCACCGCCGUCAGCGACGACGAUGAUGGCGAGAGUGCUAUAAAUUCGCCCUAUCGGAAGCAGACCGGCACGGCUGCAGCUUCGUUCAAUUGCACUGGUGCAGUUCGGAAGGCAGGAUUUCUCAGCGUGAAGAAAUGGUUGCUGCGCAAGAAGCAUCAGAUCGAGCUGGCUAAGAAGAGAGGCUGGAGGGGUUAUUGGGUUUGCUUGAAGGGUACUACGCUUCUUUUCUAUCCCUGUGAUUCGCAGGAGAGCCGAGCCAUGGAGGCGGCACCUAAACACCUAAUCAUCGUCGACGGUGCGAUUAUGCAACCGAUUCCCGAACACCCGAAGAAGGAUUACAUAUUUUGCCUGAGCACUGCAUUCGGGGACGCCUAUCUAUUCCAGGCGCCGUGUCAAGUGGAGCUGGAGAACUGGGUGAAUAGCAUUCAUUCGGCGUGCGCAGCCGCGUUCGCGCGUCAUCGUGGCAAGACUGGUACGCUGCAUCUGCUGCAGGAGGAGAUUUUCCGCUUGGAAAAGGCGAUCGAGUCGGACCACAAGAUGAAGCACAUGGCGGAUCUUCAACAAUCAGUGGUUUCCGACGUCGACACCAAGCAACAGAUCAACAAUCAAAUAGUACAGUGGGAGGAGAAUCUGGAGCGGCUCCAUUGUGAGCAAUUCCGCCUGCGGUGCUACAUGGCCAGUUUGCAGAGCGGCGAACUGCCCAAUCCGAAGAGUCUACUGACACACGUGUCUCGUGCCACGAAGCAAACGCUGAACAAGCUGGGCGUAUUCACGGUAUCGUCCUUCCACGCGUUUAUCUGCGCGCGUAGCCCGUCCCUGCUAAAUAAUUUAUUGGCGGGUCGCGGUGCGACGAAGAGACGACCACCGCUGCUGUCGAGAUCGAACAGCGGUUCCAGCAGACGCUCGCUGCAGAUCUCGUCCAGGGACGAGGAGAAGAGCGUAAAGGUGUCCGUGCCGGAAAAUCAGUUGGUCUCGGUGUUCCUGCGUGACGCCAUGACCGUGGAGGAGUUCCUGGCGAGCGCGUGCACCAGAAAGAAUCUCAAUCCGAUGGAGCACUUCGUGCGCGUCAAGAAGCGCCGGGAUAUGGAGGACCACAAUUAUUUUGUGCCACAUAGAACUGAUUUGAUAGAAACCUAUUUGCAUACACAUGAAAUCGUGGAAGUCUGUGCCAAGAUUUUAUAUCAAGUGGAAUUGCAAAGAAACACUUUAGAGCAAAUGUGGGGCUUCUCCGUCGAGGCGGAGCUCAUAGAAAACUCCGAUAGGCAGGACGAGCUCUGCUGCUAUGUUAGUAGAGUGGAAGACAAGAGCGUCGCCAUGCAAAACGGAAUCAUUAAGGGCGACGAGAUUAUGGUAAUCAAUGGCGCCAUUGUGAGUGACUUGGAUAUGAUGUACUUGGAGAGCGUUCUUCAGGAAGAGGUGGGACUCUGCAUGAUGAUGCGAUCCUCCAGGACGGAGCCACCGGAUCUCACAGGCAUUAUGCGAGUCACCGAUGACAUAAUCGAGAGCCUGGUCUGUCCGCCGCCGCCCACCGACCCACCAGUGAUUAGCGAAGAAAUGAUUUCCGGUCUGAUUGUGCCAGCACCCGGAUGGAGCAAAGAGAACAUCAUGCAGGAGUGCUCGGCGGCCGGUCACAUGGAUAAUAAGCAGACCUCGCGCACAAAUUCCUUCGAAAUCGAAAAUCUUUUGAAGACUGCCGAGCAAGUGACAGGGAUUUGCCGUUCUCCAGGUGAGACCAGAAAGUCGAGUCCCACCGGAAGCGUCGUCAGUUCCCAUUCGCAGGCUCUCACACCGAGCCGGCAGCUAAGCGACGCUGAGAAGCUGAAGAAAGUGAUUUUAGAACUGAUUGAGACUGAACGGACUUACGUAAAGCAUUUAAAUAAUUUGCUGGAGAACUAUUUGGAACCCCUUAAACGCGAGACCUUCCUGUCGAACGCGGAAAUCAACGCGCUGUUUGGUAAUAUCCAGGAAAUCGUCACGUUUCAACGACAGUUCCUGCAGAAUCUCGAUCACGCCAUCGAGAUGGAGGCCGAUUUCAACAGCUUUGACCAUCCAAGUCAAUUUAAGGGAGUCCUGUUUUCCAUUGGAAGUGCCUUCUUAUAUUACGUAAAUCACUUCAAGCUCUACAGCUCGUUUUGCGCCAGUCACUCGAAGGCUCAGAAAGUUUUACAUCCAAACGAGGGAAAUCAAGCUUUACAAGAGUUCCUGCAAGCGAGAAAUCCCCGGCAGCAACACUCGUCGACUUUAGAAUCAUACUUGAUAAAACCUAUACAAAGAAUACUCAAAUAUCCGCUGCUGUUGCAACAGCUUAGGAAUCUCACCGAUGAACGAAGCGAAGAACACCAACACUUAAUCGAGGCGCUUAAGGGUAUGGAAAAGGUGGCAGAACACAUAAACGAGAUGCAGAGAAUUCACGAAGAAUACGGCGCUAUUUUCGAUCACCUGUUCAGGCAACAUCAAAAAUCCUGCAAACAGCCGAUCGACUUAAGUCCAGGCGAUCUUUUGUACUACGGCGGCGUCGAGUGGCUCAAUAUUUCCGACUUUCUCGGCAAGAUAAAGAAGGGUCUCGAACUGCACGCCAUGUGCUUCGUAUUUAAAUCGGCCGUCGUGUUCCUGUGCAAGGAAAGAUUGAGACAGAAAAAGAAGCUCAUGGGAGUUUCAACGAAGGCCAACUCAAGCGAAGUGGAGAUCAUCCGUUACCAGGUGUUGAUCCCGGUGACAGAAGUCCAGGUCAGGGCCAGCUCCGCCAAGGAUAUGGAGUCCCACUUUUUGUGGGAACUAAUUCAUCUAAGAAGUCAAUUACAGAGGAGAUCGGAGAAAGUAUACGUGCUCUCCAACAGUACGACGGAGUUCCGUAACGCGUUCCUGAAGACGAUCCGACAGAUCAUUCGUGAGUCUGUGAGAAACAUGAGCAUACCCUCGACGAAGCAGAAUCUAAGUCAGGCACCGAUGUCGAUGGCGCCGCGAAUGUCGACUGGCCAUGUAGAAAAGUUCAACAAGCAGCAGGCCGCCCAGGGCCAGACGCAGAACGGAAACGGCGCGACGGGCACGCUCUCGAAGAAGGCGAUGAAGCAGCAGCUGCUAUCCAGUUCGCACAAGCGCAAGUAUAGCCAUUCGAAGCAGCCGGUGGAGCACGAGAGUUCGGAGGAUAAGGAUCAGGAGGACGCGCCGGUUCCCCAGCAGCAAACAUUCCGCUCCAGGAGCAAGACCAUAAGUGAUACUUCCUGCGAAGUGAAGGUUGAGAUGGAUUCGGGUACAAAGUCGGAAGGUGAGGAAGAUUCGCAAGUUUUUUUAGGCGAGAAGAAGACGAAUCUCGGCCGCACACCUAAUCAUUUGACGCUAAGCACCACGUCGACCAUUUCGGCGGGGAGUACUGGCAGCCAGGCUAGAUUGAUCCAGUCUUCCCAUCAGCCUGAGAACUAUAUACCUAUUACCGUCAAGGAACUUGGUUCGCCGAUCUGGAAGCCACGGGAGCUACCCUCCCUGGGGGAGGCUACCACGUUGCCACGCAAGGGUAAGUCGGCCGGCGAGUUCGCGGAUAUGAGCUCGAGCCACAGCGCCUCCCGAAAGUCUCUGGUAGAAAUCAACAAUUGUGCUCAACAACCUAACUUUAAUAAUCACGUUUAAGUUGAAUAAUAUCGAGGCUGACUCGCUAACGAGGUAAUAUACCGUUAAGUUGCGCCACCGCCAUUAAACGCGACCGACAUCACCACCACCACCACCACCACCACCACCACUACUACCAUUAUCACCAUCACCGAUAUCACCUAUCAUCACCACGACCGAGCGUUAAUACACAGAGAUAAUUAUCCGAUUAUUGCGAUUAUUACGAUAGCGAUAUACGCGAGGGACAUGCAUCCGCCGCCCACGUGGAAAUUCGCGAAGAUUGCGCUUUCUCCCUCCGCUCUCUUCCUCAUUUUCGUCUUCCAGUCGGAAAUCCGUGUGUGCUUGCGUGCGUGCAUGCGUGCGACGCAGUCGACUGCACCAUUUUUAAGGGAGCAAGCGAGAUGCUCGAUCGGGCUUUCCUCCGCCUCUGGAGAAUCUGAUUGGACCCGAGUAUCCUUUCCUUCUUCGUCGCGUCUUUUGGCGGUCGACGUACUCAAAUAGUUAAAAAAGUAAAAAAAAAUCAACGUAAUUUUAAAGUUAAAAUAAUGUGUCAUUAAAUUAAGAUAAGAAUAUGCCAGACUUGUGGUGAAUAGUUUUGAUUUUGACAAUCGUAACGCGGACGAUACCGAAGUCGUAGAAGGUCGAGGCGAUGCCGAGCAGAUCGCUGGCUCUGAAAACGAACGAUCCAAUGGCAAAUAAUAAAUCGUUAACGAAUAACCGAUCUAGUCCCUCGCGAUCGAGCGUCGAUCGCGAAGUACUGGGUUCGAAAUAAUGAAACUGAAUUCCAAGACGCUCAUUCUACUUAGUGAAUAAUUUAAGUUCGCUCUCUACACACGUAUUAGCUUCGGUUUCUCCGUUUUUAAUGCUAAUACAUGUUAUAGAGAACUGCGGCUGUAACAUUCAGCUUUAAACAUCUUAAUAAGGAAUCCCUAAAACUAUGCGUUUGACGUUAGACGAAGCACGAAGUUUUUUGGUACCCGUUUUCAUACUCACGACAAUUUAUUUAUAAAUAUGAAAAAAUAAUUUAUUUCUUUCAUAUUGGCCGAGAAUUUUGGUAUAUGAAGUAAAGUAUGCUUUCCAUUCUGCAACUUCCUGUACAUACGGAAAGGGGAGAAACCCUAAGGCGAGAUUAACUAAUCGAGAUUGUUAGCGCAACGUGCCUGAGAGAUCUGGGAACGAUGGGUCAAAAGUCGUCGCUUCUCGAAUAUGCAUCUCCAUUUGACAUCAUUCACUGGCGUAAUCGCGACAUGGCCAGUUUUACGAGACGCGAUCAGAUCGUCGCCCCUUCGAGAGUCGCGAAUGAUCGAGGCCACCGUCCCUCGAUCCUGUCGAUCCCAUUUCCGCGUGGACGGCGGCGCGGACGAUCCGGAGAGAUAAUCGAUGUGUAUAUAAUGUAAUAAUGAUAUUUAUCGUUGUAAUAAUGAUAUUUAUCAUACCACACGGCUGCGUUCCUACACUGCCGGCGCUGAAACUCUAUAAUGCAUGUGUCACGUAUGCUAUAAAUUUUCAGCGCCGGCAAUGAACUUUUGGAACAUACGCACGUGGCGUAUGCUAUAAAUUUUCAGCGCUAACAAAGAAUUUUAGAACAUAUAAUCACCACGUCACUAUGAUUACGCGUUACGAUCGCGAUCGUGCGUUCGCGCGUAGGCGUGCGUGUUCGUUACGUUGUUUCCCCCAUCGUUCCACCAUGCUCCCACACACAUACAUACAUACACAUUCUCUCAUUUUUUUAUUAUUGUAUGAAACCGUCGUGAUGCGCGUCACGUCGGAUGACACAAGGACAGCGAGAGAGAGAGAGACUUGUAAGACCCGCGUUAAAAAAAAAAAAGAAGAAGAAAGAAGAAGUGAGGAAGAAGAAACGAGAGCUCGAAGAAGCGAUUCACGCGCAUAGCGAGUAAGUCUUUAGCGGUUAACGAAAAAUCAAUUAAGAUAUGUCGUGUAUAUAUACAUAUAUAUAUACAUGUAUAUAUACACACACACAGAAAAUAUAUGUAUACAUAUUAUACAUACGGAAUAUUAUGUGAGAGAGAAAGGGUAGAUUUGUGAAUUGCAUUGUAACGUCGUCCACGGUCCCCUCCCCCCAAAAACAGAAAUAAAAAAAAAACGUUCCGCCGCGUGUUAACCUGUUUUCAGGGUCGAGCAUCCUCGCCAAUAUAGCAGACUUUAUUUUUAACGUUACUUAAGAUACAAAAGAGAGGGAUUGAGUGAGAGAAUCUAUGUGUAUCUGUAUGUGUAUGAGAGAGUGAAAGAAAGAGAGAAAGAAAUCCUAUUUGAACGAGAGAGAAUGAGAGCGAUGGUUAGAGUGCUCGAGACCGAAGCUGCGAGGUAAGAUGCGCCGGCGUAACGAUGAGUUGCACUACUUGAGAGAGGUCCGUGAUUAGCGUGCAGGGAGGAUGAAUGAAAGAGAAAGAGAGAAAGAGAGAAGAGGCGCACACUCGUACUUUAAAACGUACAUAUUGAAUUUUAGGGACGGCGAACGGUAUCGGCACCGGAACCUUUUACGAUAAUCCGCGACACAUAUACCGCGUUGUUAAUGGGUAUUACGAUAAAUUAAGAAUGGUAUCGAGGGAUUAAUACGUGUAAAUUAGACGACAGAAAGUAUCCACAUAGACGUAUACCUACAACCAAAAAAAAUAUGUAUAAAUAAAAAAUAUAUAUAUACACACACACACACAGAGGUACACACAUACACACACGCUCACACGCAUACACACACACACACACACACACACAUAAACGCAAGUGCGAGGGUGGUGCGAGGGUUGGGAUUGCCCCUAAAAGAGGACGUCUUCUCGAAACGUUUUAUGAAGAUUAUUCUAAUGGAAUGUUUUCUACAAAUCUCUCAAGAUAUCUCGGGAAUAUUCCGAGAGUGUCCCGAGAGACUCCCGUGGAAACAUUCUUUAGGGAAUAUAUCAUAUUUCUGGGAAAUAUUAUUUCCUCAAGGGUGAGAGCACUCGAGAGAUAUUCCCCGUAAAGGGAAGAUCACGUCUUGUCACCUCGCAUCAUCACGCGCAACCCGUACGCGUGCUCUCGAUGGGAUGCGGAUGUCGCGCGCAACGAAACGUGAUCGAUCAGCCUUGUCGGACGCGAAGGGAGACGUUCGCGAAUCCGCGCGAAGACCGCGUUUCCUGAGCAGGACAAUAAAGGGAUGGGAUCGCACGAAACGACUUGGGGCGGCGUCACGUCGACGCGCGUCUGGUUCCUCCGUUCCGCAGGAAGUCUCCGACCUUUGGUAUCGUUCUUUUACCCUACGAUUCUUAUGGUUCCAGCUGCGAGGAAUGAGCGUUGAUGACACAACACCGUAAAAGCCGACGUAGCGGAAUCCGGAGAAUCAUAUAUUACGAGCUUAGACCUUCCUCGGCGGCAGCCCGACCGUUAGCGCGACGACGCCUCCAGGUCGCGUGGAUCUUGCUGAAAUUGGGUGUCAAUAUAUCGGUGCCGAUUGCGCGCCGGUACGGUAUCGCUUGCGAUAAUCAACGAAAUACAUUCUGCAGCGAUAAUUUAGCGGGGAUCAAUCGGCGUUACCGUAUAGGGGUGUAUUCGGAAUUAUCGUUCGUAGAUCGUUAACGUCUUCGUUCGGCGCUCCGAGUCGACGAUCGUCUUCCGGUCGUGGACGGGUAAUGGAUUUAAUUGCCGAUUAAUGGGGUUUGAUAUAGUCAUAUCGAGUACUGAUACACGACGCAUAACGCACACAUUCGACGCGCUUUCCGUCACGAUUUUCGUGCUUGAAGCGAAGCGUAUAAUAUUUUAUAACAUUGUAAUAUUACGAUAUUACAAAGUUAUAAUAAUGUAAUAUUAUAAAACGUUAUAUAUGUAAUAUAAGUUUAUACCAGAUAUAUAAACGAGAGGAGUCGUGUCGUCGCUGUUGCGCGCAACAUCUGAAAAGAAAGAAGAAAGAGAUCUCCCCCUAGUAAUUUGAAAUCGCUAUGAAUCUGACAAGGCGAUAGAACUUUCCGCGUUAAUGCUUUUUGCAAAAGACGAUUGCGUCGCUGCGAAAGAAAAAAAAAAAUCGUGUUAAUACGUAUUUGCGAAACCGCGUCAAUUAUUAGUAUAUCUCCGAGAAGUGUAAUUAUACGAGUACUAAUUAUACCGGCCGGAAUACUAUUGUACAGUGUGCAUAGGAAUGGCGAAGAGACGGGAACGGGUGACGCGUUUGAUCCUUUCCUUUUCCUUCGGCCGCGCGGGAAAUUUUAUCCGUGACAUCUGUAACGAAUGUUUUAUCGAACGCUGUAAUAUUGCUUCCAUCUCGAGCGCGUUACCACGCAUCUGACGUGCGUGCUUUAACACGGAUCUCUUACGAUUUUACGAACCACCGCGGAUACCUCUGCGACACGUAUCGUGCUUUUGCGAAAUUGCGUUAAAGUGCGGUAAAAUACAUCGGCUUGACUACCACGCUCAUAGUUUUAUAAAAAUUUUGUUGCUCUUGCGUUUCACAUUGCAAUUAUUGAAUCUACAAUAUUUUUUUUUUAUCGUGCGUCUAUCUUUGUUAUCUCAAACACAAGUAGUAACAUUUUUAAUAGAAAUAAUAUUAAAUUAAUAUAAUUUUUUAAUAGGAUUUGUUAAAUUUAUACUUUCAAGGGUAUUCCGUACUGUACACUUUGCUUAUAUUCCGCAAGUAAUUUUGAAGUUAUCAGUGAAGAACAGAAGAAUCUGUUAUUGAGAGAAGAAGGCAGUCAAGAAUGUAGGAAUCGACGUUCGUUUUGCAAAUUCUUUCAUUCAAUCUUUUGUGCUGAAAAAUCGAUCGACCGUUUGCCAGAUUUAUCUUGAAGCACGUGCGACAAGACAACCAUGAAUGACAAGAGCUCUUUCUUUUUUCUUCCGCUUGAAAUCCGAGUUACGCACGUAUCCUGCCAUCCUACGCAAAAGGAGUCUCUGGAAAGGCAGAAAUGUCAGCGAGAAUUGAACUGUAAAAUCGCGACACACUCUAGGACGUAAAUUUACCUCGGCGAAGAUAUCCCUUCGGUGAAACGCCUCUCCUCGAAGAAGAACACGCCGGAAUCUUCAGUCCUCCGUUCAUCGGGGGGACACGUGUCGUAAAAGCGCGACGAACGUGGUGCCAAAAUUGUCGUAUAGCAAUAAUUAGUAGGAUUAAUAUCAGACUCACUCAUAAAUAAAGUGUUCAAGCGCGGGAGUUCGUCGAAAAGUGAAAUCUCGUUCGUCGGGGUCUUAUCGCUGGACUUAUCGCGACUGGGAAUCGCGACACCGAUAACUUUGGCAAUUAAUACUGUUUGGCAAUUAUAGGACUGCUGAUCUUCCGCUGACUUAAGAAUUAUGCCCGACACCGUAGAAGGCACGUGGAAAAUUUCGGGAGUUACCGCGGGAGGAUUUUGGGUAUUUCCUAACGCGCGUUUUAACGCGCGUAUAAACGAGAAUAAAAUAAGAAUUUACGUAGAAACUUCACGCAUCUCAAAAGAAAGUAUAAAUAACAUUAUUAUCUCGAAUGACUCGAGCAAUUUGACAUCGUGAUUUUGCACUUUGAUUUUCCUGAAUGAUUAUUUGCAAUAAGCGAUGAGUUCGUUAAUUGUAUCGUAACUUUUCCGAAAUGUAAAGUUGUCAAUAAUUUUCACUCGGACGGACGAAUCGCCGUUUGAAAAGAUGAAUUAAAGUUAAAUUUUACCUCAGGACGAUCUCUUUCUUGUAUUUAAUGCAAGAAACUAGCCUGUGCUUCGUAUAAUUUAGUCAUAAGAAAAAAAAAUUGAGAUAUUCUUAGUAAUUUCGACUUUAAUCUAAUUGUCUUGGAAACUCGUUGACGUAGUGCGUUAACGAAGAGGAUGGCAGGAACGAACAGAUACACGCCACGUAGACACAAUUCACGUGCUAUCGCGCGGGACACGUAUACACGAAACAGUCACACGAAGUAUAUCUAAUAAGGCAUCGGUUAAGAUCUGACAGCGAAAAAAAAAAAAAUAAGAUACCUACUUACUAAUUACUAUAGGCGAGAACACACACGUGCAGAUUUAAGGAAGAAAAUUUACGGAGGACCUUCUGUUGCUCGAGAAUUAUUGCAUUGUCUACUAUAUAUAAAUUUUAUUGUAUAAAUUCUGUCGAAGAGUGGCGCGCCUCCGAGCGAGAGUCGAUGUUUCUUUUUCUCCUCGACCCCCGUGUCCUUCCUGCCGGAGGAUCUACGAGGACAUUCGGGAGAGAAGUGCUGAGGAAAGUGCGUGAUGCCAUCGAGAAGUCGCUUCCACGUGGAUAACGGCGAAUUAUAUAUUUAAGUUACUGUCUAUCGCAAUAUUGAAUGGCACCGUUUUUCGUAGACCACGGUUUAUGAUCUAUAAAGAGUUUCGGUUUAGAGGAGGAGACAAUCUUGGAUGUCCAUCGUAGAUGGACUGCGAUAAACGCGAAGUCGAUUUAUCUUUAUCCCGCAACAUGAGAGUUAUAUCUUCGAUAAAUAUAAAGUCCAGUUUUCGCAGCUGUAUAAACAAUUCAGUAAACAUGAUUGUCUCUUGAGUAUUUGAAGUACGUAAACGCUCUUUCUUCGUGUCUAUAACACACGUAUAGAUGAAAAGCGUCUCAUCGUCGCCCACCUUAUCGUGUCCUCUACCCGUAGUUAAUCGAGCUUAAAGAUAGUAGACGUCGCAUCUUUAUCUUUUCACUGAAGAAAUCUUGAGACGAAUUUAAAAACGUGAUAUCAAAGGUUAAGGUUCAUUCAAUCGCACAGCUGUUUUUAAAAAUACGUUUUGUAUAAUCUCCAGACAUUCUUUGUUUCGCAUUUACGUUUGCAGAAAUCGUGGAAGCUCCACGUGCAAAUAUUAAUAAUAACGUAAGAUAAGAAAAAAGAGAGGAACGAAACGCACAGACAUAUUAUAAUUUGCUAAUACUUAAUAAAGUUUCCUUCUUGAUUUCGAAAAAUAAUUUGCAAAGAGGGUUGAACCGCCAUCCGAUUGCUCGCGAUACCCAAUGGAUCCAGCCCUAUGUUUACGCACUUUUCUCGGCGUCGAGUCAGGUCGGAGAAAACAAAAAUCGAACAGGGUCGAGACACUCUAGCUCGGAGACGUAUCCCAAUAGUUGGCCUAGUACCAAGUUUCAUAUUUUUCGCCCCCUCCCCUGGGUACGCAGUGGAUCGUCGAACGAUUGAUCAUUGUCUAUUGUAUGAUUAUUGACAUUCUUCCAGAAAUUUUAUUGAUAGAUAUAUAUAAACUUUAUCGCUACCGUUGAACAUAGUAAUAUUUGGGGGUAUAUACGAUUAGGGCGAUACCUUCGGUAUUUAUUGAGGACACUGAGAUUAUUAUAUUGAGAGAAAGAGACAGAGAGGGAGAAAAAAAUAGGAGAGAAUAAAGGGAUGAGAGGGAGGUCUGAAAGAGAAAUGCGGGAUUGGUAGGAUUAUAUAUAUAAAUAUAUAAAAUAUAUAAGAAAGAGAGAGAGAGAGAGAGAGAAGAGAGAGGACGUUAUGGGCCCAGUUGUGGGAAAGAACGGGGGCGGGUGAUAACGAAACGAAAACGAGAUAGCGUGUAAAACGAUGUAAUGAGUCUUUCCAGAGGAAACGAAAGAAGUAGGACGGAAAUAUAUACGGAGAUGAGUCUCCUCCUUGCGUUGAAUGUAAAACGUGCUUGGGUGGCGAGAACCAAGAAUGAAAUUAAAUGUUGCGGCGUAUGCGAGCGGAAAUAUAUAUGGUACGCGCAAGAGAGAGAGAGAGAGAGUAUAAAAAGAACCCUUUACGUUUUCUCAACUCGUUACGUAAACGGUACGUUUAGCAAUGGAAUAUAUUAUGAUUACGAUGAUUGCUAUAUUUGUUGUUAUUGUUCCUCGGUUGUAUGCGGAGACGUUUAAGAGUGAUCCAUUUGUACAAUCAUUGAGUCAUUAAAAUAUGAUUAUUCAUUAUGGAA